AUCUGCGGAUUGAUGUAACCGAGGAUCGGACAGUAUGCAAUCCAAUGUAGUUAACGACGAGGCACCUCGACGAGAUUACAGAACCAGGUGUGUCAGCAUAGGCCUUGCAGUUGAGUACUUCGAUGCAGGUUGGCCGCUGGCUCGCCAUGGCCAGAAUAUAAUCUGGCCGAAUGGCUUGCAGGGCAAAGAUGAACUGCAGGAAAGUUGCGAUGCGGAGGGCGCCAAGUCAAACAAGCUAGGAUAUUGUCGGGAUGGCUUCCAAGAGGAUCGCAUCAAGCCGAAGGUGACAGAAGGAGCUGAAGAGAGGAGUUUUGACGCUCUCGCACAGCAAGUUGACGAGCUUAUUGAGAGACAGCCUCAGUUUGCAUUUCUGAAACCUUGCAGACAGCUCGAGAAACAUUACGCAUUCCAAAGAAGCGUAGGAAACAGUAACUUCCACCAUGGCGGCAAUAAAAUUACGGCGACGGAGACGCAGUAUAGGAAUGAGGAGAGGGAGUUAAUGCACGAAGUUUGUGACUUCUCGAGCUUAAGUCACAAACCGCAAGAUAUUCAUCUCAAGCCAGGGUCAAAGACGUCCACCAUUACUCAACGGUCUCGAGAAGAGCUUGAAGAUGCGCAGACUGAACAUUGCAGAGUCCGGGACAGCGAUGCUAGGUCUGGAAAUACAAUUCGUGAGCUUCUGUCGACAGCAUCUGGUGCUAACGAUGUCGAGCGAGGAUUACGGGAGACUACAUCAGAGCAUCGUGUAAGUGACCGUAAACAUCAUAAUUUGGCUGUGUCCAUUCCGUUCAAGUGGGAGGAGAAGCCCGAAAAGCCCCGAAGCAUUGCAGCAGCAGCGGAGCGAGCGUUGGCACGCAAAUUAACUAAUGAUGGAAUCAAGCUUAACUUAUCCCCACAAGACAAAUUGCAAACAUCAAGCUCUCAAAGAACACGCGACAGGGCAGGGAGGGAGCCAACCAAGGAGCAACAUCACGAAUUAGAGCAGGAAUCAGCACCUAGGAGGAGUACCAGCGAGAGAUUUCUCCAUGGAGCUGGUCAUGUCCGGAGGAAUUCAGGCGAAUCAAGAAUUUGGCGAAUCUCUAGCACGCGGUGCAGCAUUCACGAGAAAGAGGCUCACAUCGAUCUCGAUGCCCCUGCUGCAGCGAAAUGUGAAAUGAAGAUGUCGGAUUCACCAUUGUACACUCCGAAUAGACAACACAACGCUUCGCCGCCUGCUGUUGCUGUCCCAUUCAAGUGGGAGGACGCACCGGGAAAAGCCAAGGUCGACAGAGCGGCCAGAAAUCAGACAGAAAUUUUACAACUUCCUCCGCGGCUGGUUGUCCCAAUACAACGCUCCUCCGGAUCCAGCUUUUCUCAUGAGCUGCGCGUCUCCGUCGUCUCUCAUCCUCUCGCAGGGUUGUUUCCUUGUAUGUCGGCCGCUUCCUCGCCGGCCCGACCGCAGUACCAUGAUCACACAUGGAUACACCAUUAUCGCGCCACCAAGAACUUGCUGCAAAAGAAUUCACAGCCUCACCAUGGCUAUGGCGGUCACCAAGAUUUACUGUCGUCAAAAUCUGGCGAUAGAAGCAUGAAUCGACGCAAGCUGAACAAGUCAUUCUCGCAGCCACUGACAUCCACGGACUCGUCUCCAAAGUCCAAGCCUCAUAAGGUCUUUAGUUCUGAACUCAAUGCAUCUCAUUCAUGGAUGCAGCAAUCUGGCAAUAAUAACCAAACAGCUUCGGACCCCACUAGCAUCCUCCAGAGCAGCUGCCAAUCGUCAUCGUCUCGCACAUACUUGAGCUGUGAAUUUGACGCGUUCACCCCACGUACAGCUGAUUCUAAAGCGAGUUCCAGCGCCUCUUACGAGUCCCUUGGAGAGGAUUUCACCCUCGAGCAAGAUCACGAGAGUGUCGCAAACCCGUCCUACAUCAACAAGCCCCGCUCGUUCGACUCGAAUAACCUUCCGGGCUAUUCCGAAAUACAGACGGUUCGGGAUUUUAGCCGCUCCACAACGACAAUCUUUGAGAGGAAGAGAACUCAUCCCUCCAAGUCGGAAGGCAUUAAAGGCCUGCUCAAGCUCUGCAAAUCACAUAGCAACUGUCUAGGGAAAUCCAAAUCCAGUCGGCGGCGGUUGGGCCCUCUCUACAGCCCCGAAGUUUGGGCUCCCACCCUCGCAACGUACUUCCAGCGCCUGGAUGUGACCGAGCCUGCAAUAUCGAGCGGCCUUCUUGACAAGGGCGGAGCGCCCACUUCAAGCGGACACCUAAAUUCGAACGGAGACCCUGUCCUCUUGCACAGUAGCCGAUCUGAGGCUCAUGACACAAGCGUUGAAACCUCUCCAGAAAGGCCCACUAGGCUACCGUAUAAAAUGCCCAGUGUCGCGGAGCAAGAGCUCGCAGCCAGAAAUCCACGCACUUUAGCUGAGAAAAUGGAAACAAUCAUUCACGGAGAGCGCCAAAGAAUCUCCCAAACGCUCAUGAACAGAGUGUCACCAGUCCGGUUUGACAACCAUUGGAUAUCUCCACGCCACCAAGAGGACUUUCGUCCCUCCCCGGCGUAUGCAGCUGCUCUGGAGAUGCUGUCCCCAGCCAGGAACCUCGUGUCCAAGCGGCACAAGGCUUCGAACAAACUGCCAUCAUCCUCUUGGACUGGUCCAAAAACACAACGACGCGUCCAAUUCAUAAUAUCCAUUUGCAAGACUCUGAAGCGCGUCCUCUUCCGGCAACAAACUCGCAGAUCAGUCAUUGGCACAACCAUGACCUAUCACGAAGAUAACGCUCCAACCACAUUCAAGUUCUCAAAACCCAAUUGAAGCAAUUGACGCAACCUCAUGGAAAUUCACCGAACCGAAAAGAACACCUGCAAACUCUUCACGAAAGUAAAAAGCUAAACCACAGAGGGCCAAAAGCUGCUGGGACUCGCAACGUAAGCUGUUGAAAAGACGGCGGAGACCGUCAACAUUCAGCUCUUAGCAGAAGUUCCAUCAUUAGUGGCACUAGCACAGUAAAAUUGAUUCUACACCAAUUGGGUAGGGUAAGUGAUAGUCGCAUACAAUGCAAGAAAAGUUGGCCCUAGUUUCAUAACUCUCUCAUCCUUCAUACAAGAACAUUUUUCAUAACCAGCCCUUCCUACACGACAGAACCCACGCAAACAACCUUCUCUUCCCCGCGGAUCAUUUUCAAGACCAGUAAAACAAUGUCCAACUUCAUCCUC